UAUAUAUAUAUAUAAUAUAUAAAAGUGGGGACAGAUAGAAGGAGCAUAAUUGCCAGCCACUACACGCACCAUAUUUACUCCACCUGACGGAGACUGUGUCUGUGUUUAGAACAGAAAUCUGAGGGAGAGAUAGAGAUAGAGGGAGUGUGAUGGAGGAUAAACUGAUAGCUCGGCUGGAGUCUGCGGUGGCUCGGCUGGAGGCGCUAUCGACCGGGUUCACCUCGAGAGGUGCAACUGAAAUUGGUGGAGAAGCGCCGUUGGAUCCGACGAUUGUGGCUUUCGAUGAUCUGAUUGGGCAGUAUUUGGGCAGGGUCUCGAGCGCUGCUGAGAAGAUUGGGGGACAGGUCUUGGAGGUCACUAAGGUACUGCAAGAAGCUUUUAAUGUUCAGAGGGAGCUUCUCAUCAAGGCCAAACAAACUCAGAAACCUGAUCUUAAGGGGUUGGCUGAAUUUCUCCAUCCAUUGCAUGAAGUGAUCAUGAAAGCAAAUGCAUUAACCGAAGGAAGGCGAUCCGAUUUCUUCAACCACUUGAAGUCUGCUGCCGACAGUCUCUCGGCUUUGGCAUGGAUUGCAUAUUCUGGCAAAGAGUGUGGUAUGAGCAUGCCGAUUGCACAUGUGGAAGAAAGUUGGCAAAUGGCUGAAUUUUACAACAACAAGAUUCUUGUAGAGUACAAAAGCAAAGACCCAAAUCACGUUGAGUGGGCCAAAGCCAUUAAGGAACUGUAUUUACCUGGCUUGAGAGAUUAUGUUAAGAGUAACUAUCCUUUGGGCCCAGUUUGGAGUCCUACUGGAAAACCUGCUGCUGCUCCACCAAAAGCUCCUACAGCAGCAGCCCCUGCCCCUCCACCUCCUCCACCAGCUUCUCUCUUCAGUUCAGAAUCUUCACAGGCUUCAUCAUCACGCCCAAAAGAAGGCAUGGCUGCUGUUUUUCAAGAAAUUAGCUCAGGGAAGCCUGUGACUUCAGGUCUGAGAAAGGUAACUGAUGAUAUGAAGACAAAGAACCGAUCUGAUAGAACUGGUGUUGUUGGUGCUAGUGAGAAAGGUCGUACAAGCUCGCCUACUUUUUCUAAAGCUGGUCCACCAAAGUUAGAGCUUCAAAUGGGUCGUAAGUGGGUUGUUGAGAAUCAAAUUGGGAAAAAACAGUUGAUUAUUGAUGACUGUGAUGCAAAACAAUCUGUAUAUGUGUAUGGAUGCAAAGAAUCUGUCUUGCAGAUUCAAGGGAAAGUCAACAAUAUAACAGUUGACAAGUGCACUAAGAUGGGAGUUGUAUUUACGGAUGUCGUAGCUGCUUGUGAGAUUGUAAAUUGCAAUGGAGUUGAGGUGCAAUGCCAGGGUUCAGCUCCAACAAUUUCAGUUGACAAUACGGCAGGCUGCCAAUUAUAUCUAAGCAAGGAAUCUCUUGGGGCAUCUAUAACAACAGCUAAGUCAAGUGAGAUAAAUGUAUUGGUACCAGGUGCUGAGCCUGAUGCUGACUGGGGAGAGCAUGCAUUGCCACAACAGUUCAUUCAUGUGUUCAAAGACGGCCACUUCGAAACUACUCCAGUCUCUCACUCUGGAGGUUAAUUGAAACAAUCAGAAUUGCGAAUUCGGGAACCAAUGUCUUAUAUAUUUUUUUUCCUUGGAUGGACAGGCGGCUUCUAUUUCUUGUUUUCUUGAUUUAAUUGCAGUUGGUAUAGAGUUACACAGUCGUGAUCUGUUUGCUAAGCUGUUGGGUCAUCAAACCACUAAUUUCUGCUCUCGAUUCUUUUUGCGAAGUUUGUAUCUGGAAUGAGUUUCUUCUGAGGUUUCCAAACCUGCCUUUGUGCUGUAUGUAAGGUUUUGCUUUGCCAGAAUUUCUUAAUCAUUUAUGUUGUAUUUCUCUAA